AGCGACAACCGACAACCGACAACGCCGACGAGGACGACGACAACUUCGGACUCCCGGUACAGUUCACGGCGGAGUGUUGUCGGCGGAAUGCGACAAUUUGCCUGAUACUUGGUCUUCGGCAAAGUGUUCUUGGGUGCGUCGCGGAAUGUCGCCUUGAUCCCGGGAUCGCGUUCCGUAAAACCGGCCGAGAUCCCGGGGUUUUCUCGUCGUCAGGGACAGUGCAUACGUAUCGUCGCUGGCGGCGAGCAGACACAUCCGGACAGUAAAUUCGUGAACACACGGUUCGGGGGACUACGUUCGGUAUUCCUACGCGAGGCAUCGGCGGGCACAGCGACCGAGAGAAAGAAAGAGAGAGAGAGAGAGAUAGAAAGAGAGAGAAAAAAGUACGCGUGGACGUCGUCUUCCUCGAGAACGUUACGCGGCGCUUUUAGCUGUCCAAAUCCAAGCUCGUUUCCAAGUGGUUUCAAGGAAGUCAAGAUAGUUAAGACUAUGUUUCUCGCUACGGUAGAUUAAGACUGGCUCGGGAUUUUGACCGCGCACGACUUCAGAUGAAGAUGAGCGGGGAGAUGUUCGAGGGGAAGGACUAUCCGACUCAGUGGGCGCUCAAUCCCUCUGCUUAUCAAAACAUGAGUAAUGAUCAAGUGGAUUGGGCAGCAUUAGCACAGCAGUGGAUAAAGAUGAAGGAGACCGUUGUGCCACCAGCUCCACCACCACCCAGUAUAAAUCCAAUAUGUUCUCCAAAUGAUGGUAGUGGCGAGGCUCCUAUGGACAUGGACAUCAAGGAUGACGAUGUGCCUCCUGCACCACCUGCUCCGACUAUCAGUGGAUCUGAAGCCUGGACUCAAUGGAACCAAUGGGGACAUUGGAAUACUUCGACAUCUGGAACUGGGAAUUGGGAAUGGAGCGGCGUACCACCCCCAGGUGUUUCUAUAGAUUCUGAUGGCAAACCAAUUGGACUUCCAACGAUACCGAUUAUACCACCUGCGCCGACAAUAUCAACUACCACUGACUUCAACACACCUCCACCGGCGCCAUCGCUGUACUCAUACAACUCGGUGCCAUCCGGACAACCAUAUAAUCAGGUUACUAAUUACUGGUCUGGUGAGCCGCCUAAUGCAGUAUCACCCCAGCCACUUCCUUUUAUGAAAGGCAUGAGACAUGGGAGUAGAGGACCACACAUGAGAGUGAUAGAUCCCGUUCGAUGUCGAGAUGACAGAGAAAAGACCCCAGAGGAGGAUACUACUACGACUAUAGAUGCCGCAAAACGAAGACAAUUACCGGCGUGGAUUCGAGAAGGACUAGAGAAGAUGGAGAAGGAAAAGCAGAAGGCUAUGGAGAGGGAAAGACUAGAGAUGCUGAGGAAGCAAGAGUUAGAGGCUCGUAAACAAGCAGAGGACGAGGCGCGCGCAGUGCUUAAUCCCAGCAAGAGUAAAUUUGACUCGGACUCGGAAAAGGAAACCGAGCAAGACUUCGACACGGGUAACGCACGCGGGCAGCAGUCUGUAGAAAAGAGCUACGAUCGUACCCCGGAUAUCGUUGUUCGGCCGCGAAAAUCACGAUUCAGGGAUGCCGAUUCUCCCGAGUCUCAUACAGGUCCUGAUGAGAGCCCGACUGCUGUGGCUAGUUUGGUCCCGAUCGUGCAAAAGCGAUCGCGAGAGGAAAUUUUACAGGAUGUGAUGUUAAAAGUGAGAAGAUCGUUGACAGAAAUACUUCUGGAAGUAACGAACGAAGAGAUUGGCGCAGUAUGCAGGGAAGUUUGGAGCCGCGCACGUGCCAAAGUCCCUGCAGGAGAGACCCCCGUCGCAUCCCUCAACAUGGCCCCUCUUGCUCAGAUCACUCACGAAUCACUCGGUCUGAGCAUCUAUAACGACAGUAACAGCGAAUCCGAGGAGGAACAGAGCGAGCACCCACAGAUUCAGAACGAUGACAGCGAUGAGGAAUUGAAGGAAACGCUGAGACGGCGGCAACAGGCGUUCCGUAAGACGGAGGAGGAGAUUGAAGCGCGACUCGCCGAGGAGGAAGAAAAGGAGGAACAGCGCAGCGAGGAGCAGUACAGUAAUAAGCAACAGGAAAAUCAUACCGGUAAUACUAGCUGCCGAGAGUCAGUUGAUGAAAAAGAAACGGUAGAUAAUCAAAGAGAAGCGUCCGAAACUUUGUCGAGCGGCGAUCAGAGUCCAGCGGUGGUGCCGCAGAAUGCGUCGACGAUCGACGGCCAGCAGGCGGCCAAGGCGAGCAGCACCGUGUCGGGAUCUGCCGACUCCGAAUCGAGCAGCAGCGAAUCCACGAGCAGCUUGUCUGAGUCGAGCGAGUCGACAUCCAAGAAGCAUGAGAAAUCGCGAAGCACAGGCAAGCGACAAUCGCAGCAGCGCGAGCAGCAACAGCAGCAGCAGCAGCAACAACGCGAACAGCGUUACAAUCGGCGAAGAAAGUCCAAGAGUAGAAGCAAGUCGCGAAGCGGCAGACGGUCUACCAGGUCAUCGCGCUCAUCUGAACGCGGCACCGCUCAUAAGCGACGAUCGCGCUCAAGAUCGGCAAAAUCGCGUAAGGAUUACCGCUCGCGGUCCUCGCGUUCCUCCAGCGAUCACAGAUCCGGCAGAAAGCGUCGUUCACAAUCGCCACGCGACCGCAAGCGCGCGCGAUCGCGCUCGCGCAGCAGCUAUCGACGCUCCAGAUCGACAUCCGUCGAUAGGAAGUGGUCUUCGCGAUCGCAUUCCCGUAGGUGGAAGUCCCGCUCGCGUUCCAGAGAGAGGCGGCGGAGCAGCCGAUCGCGUAGCAAGUCAUCACGGGGAACAAAACGCGGGAGAUCGCGCUCAAGGUCGCGCAGCCGUUCGAGGGAUCGCCGACGAUCAAGGUCCUACGUUUCCGGAAGGAGCCAACGACGGAGCAGCCGGUCUAGGUCGCGAGACCGAAGUAGAAAGUCACGAUCCAAGUCGAGCUAUCGCGAUGGUAAGAAGUCGUCACAUCGAUACAGGAAUUGAGGUCAGGACCUGCUCCUAGCCCAAGCAUCUUCCACUGGCUUCCGCUCGGAUUCAACGUUUCACUAUGAUUCAGUUCGUCAACAUACACGGCAUUGUGGUAUAGUUACAAUGUUUCAAUAUGCAUCACACGUUCAAUCUCUUUUUCUUAAAUAGUGUAUAAAAAAGUCGUAACAAUACAUAAUAAUACAUAAUAAAUAGUAAUAUUUAUAGCUAUGUGUUAUAGAUUCAUCUAAUAUUAUUCGUUCUAAUGUACAAAAGUCUGUUUCUCUUUUCUAAAAAAAAGCACACGUAAUCAAAAUUUAUAUGAUUACGAAAAAGACGAACGUGAAAUAAAGUUGAUGCAAAGUUA